AUGUCUGAUCCUCUCUCUGUAGCCGGUACAGCCGUGGGUAUUAUAUCACUCGGUCUACAGGUCUGUGGGAAGAUUGUCUCCUUUUGCCAGGCAUGGCGGGGUUUCAACGAGGACAUCCAAAACAUCGGCCAAAAGGCCGAUGGGCUUCGUAUGCCGUUGAGAGCCUUGAGGGAACUAAUCGAAGAUAUCCGUACCACCGACCCCGCGAUCGCAAGUGACCUUGAAAACAAGGCGAAGAGCAUUGAGCACGUAAUAAAACGGCUCAAGACUGCAACAGACCGAUAUGCAUCUACUACUUCCGAUCCAGACUCAUUCCGGUUCCAGCUCAAAAAAGGCGCAUAUCCCUUUCGAAAAGAAGGAUUUCGUGAGAUGGCCAGUGAUCUGGAUAGCAUCCAGGUGGUGCUCCACACAGCGUUACAGAUUUUGUUACAAUCAUGGUGUGCACAACAAGAACAACUGCCUAUAUUGAGCUCGUCUUUGUCAAUAGCAACGCAAGGUGGACAUAUGAAACAGACCACCUCUGCUGGAGCGAGUCGUGAUGGAACUUGCUCAAAUUCGUGCAGAACAAAAGCACCUCAUGGAACAUUGAUUGCUUGUCAGAACCGCAAUCCAGCCAACAGUGCAUGCACAGCUCGUUCACACCGACCCCACAAGGAAACGAAAUUCAUCAGCCUAUCCUACUACUAUUGUAGUCGCAUGUUAGGCCUUGCUAUUCGGGCCUCGUUCUUGCUUAAUAAGGGAGCUGGGGGUUAUUCAAUUGCUCCAUUAUUGCAUCUGCAUCCUUUAUUGGACGGAGGGGACAGUCUGGGAUUGCGUAUUAUGAACGAACUUCAAUUUGACAGUAUUCAUUGUACAACACCAAACGAGCUUGAAUUACUCGUGGAUCGCACGAUGCAGGAGCUGCAGCAUGCAUUCGAUCUGCAAGAGGCAUCACCAUUUGAUUUAAUUUUUUCCGGCAGAGGGGCCUCAUAUUCACUUUUUGAUAUUUUUUCCAUCUUUCUUCAUUCGGUGGACUUGGGUUUGUCAGAACAAUCAUUCAGACUUCUCAAUUUCUUACUGGAUUGUGGUUCCAGGCCAAACCAGGGCUACAACCAUGGAAGUAACACAUUCUAUCACUGGUGCAACUUCGCCAUGUUUAGAAAAAAAUGCUCUUUGGGCUCGCGUCUGCUCGACCUUGGCUAUUCCUUCGCUAUUUGCGCUCCUCAUUCUCUAGCAGACAGGCAAGGUAUUCGGCACCUGCUUUCCCGAAGCGAUGAGUCAAUAAAACUUCCGAAUAUCGCAAGGAUCUUACUCCAAGAGUCUGAGAAUGAAUUGAGAGAUGCCCUUAACUCGGAGACAGUUUUCCCAAAUGAGAUAAUAGAUGGCACUUCAUCUUUGAUUGAUUAUGCGUUCGGGUGGCCAAAAGGAAUUGGCAUCUUACUAGAGGCAGGUGCAACGCCAAAGGCCAAGAAUGCAAAAAUCCCUUAUUUUGAAGACAAUAACAACGAGGAUACUUAUCAGUCAGUCAAGCUUCUUCUUGAAGCUGGAUGGUCAUUCAACUGGUAUGAUAUUGCUCAAGUCCAAACGUGCAAAAGCACUCCCAAAAUGAAAUCACUUCUCAUUAGUGAAUUGGUCGUGCGACACAAGAAACUCUGGCAUUUGGCCCAAUCUUGCUUGCCCGCUGAUCAACUUCCAAAAUUGAUCUCAAACGAUGAGAAGACUGGCGAGAUUACGAUAUUCGAUAUACACACCUCAGAGAUACAAGCUCGACUAAAAGAGCAAGGGAUAUCCAUUGAUCCAAAUAUCUCGCAUGGUUAUUUGACUGACAAUCUUGGUUGCGAAUCGGCUUACCAUUGCUCAUAUUUCACUGCCGAGACGUUGGACGAACUCUACCAAGUCGGCUUCAGGGGUGUCACUCAGCUGGACUCCAAUGGCUAUGUGCCUCUCAUGGUCGUAUGCGAUCACCUGGUUCACCGGCACAGAGAAGUCGCGAAGAAGAUGCAUUGGCUAGUUUCAAAAGGCGCUGAUCCAUAUGAAAAGGUACCUGGAACUAGUGCAACUGUAGCACAUAAUCUCGGGGUGAAUAUCGUCCAUAAUUUCUUGGAAGAAUUAUUCACCUUUCGUACAAUCGGACCAGGCCCCUGGUCGACCUACGAAAACUGGAAGCAGGCUGUCGUGGAGUUCGGAAAGUCCGUUUUCCUCCUUCCGUCGGUUCGGGAUGGAUGUUUCUGUCCCUGCUCCUCGGGUGGGUGUACUACGAUGUCGGUAUUGCUCCGACAUGUCGUCCAUUUCUUUUCCAUCCUCGGGAUUAAGGAACGCAGCUUUUGGGUCCGAGAGCUGAUACAGUUCUUCCUUUGGUGGACUAGAGGAGAUACAGAAAUUGGCUGGGAGGUUAUUAGAUUUCUGACAUUUGAUGCAUUGGGUCUAAAACAUUCAUGUUGCAUCGAAAAAUAUUAUAUCUUCAAUCGUUUCAAAUUCGAGAGCAGAGAAGAGGAAGAGAUAAGGGAGAUUCUUGACGAAGAAAAGUUAAGAAUAAUUGAACUCGAAAAACUUCUCGAUGAACUCAAAAUCAAGUUUGACGAGCUUGGUCUCCCCGUCAUGGAAUUUUUGGACGGAUACUGGCACACUCGCAUGAUCGAAGUUCUCUCCCACCGCGAUCCCUACGACGAGGAACAUAUCAUUGAAUCAAGACGAGUUGGUGUCUCGCUAGAACCAGAUGAAUGUCUUGUCCCUGACAGGGUAUCUCUGCUUCUUGGCUCGAAGAUCUUGGAUGAAAUCAGUACAUAG